UAAAGCACAUCUCUCGUAGCCAUGGCAUCCUCAAGCUCCAUUGUCGCCGCGCCUGCCCUCAUCCCCAUAGCCGUCCGACUCCAUCGCUCCAACUUCCUGGUAUGGCGCGCGCAAGCCAUGGCAGCUAUCCGUGGGGCGCAGCUCGUCUCCUACCUUGAUCCAGAUCGGGAGCAGCCGGAGCAGAAGCUUCGCGACAAGGACGGCAAGCCCACGGACGUGCCCAACCCUGCAUACGACAUCGACAAGGCUCGAGAUUCUCAGGUGCUGAGUUUCAUCUUCAACUCCAUCUCAGCUCCUAUUAUGGUUCAGGUCGCACACUGCGAUACAACGGCCAAAGCAUGGGCCGCCAUCAGGGAGAUCUUCAUCUCCCAAACUCAGGCGCACGUCGUCAACACCAGAAUCGCCCUCUCCACCACCAAGAAGGGCAACUCGACGAUGUCCGAAUACAUUGGGCGCAUGAAGGCGCUCGGUGAUGAGAUGGCAUCGGUGGGCAAGCCGCUCACCGACGAUGACAUGGUGUCCUACAUCCUGGCGGGACUCAACUACGACUACGUGUCCUUCGUCUCCACGAUCUGCGCUCGCACCCAGCAAAUCAAGGUGAGCGAGCUUUACUCGCAGCUGAUCAGCUUUGAAAGCAGGUUGGCCAUGUUUUAAGGUGGAGGGCAGUCCACCCACUCCUCUGCCAACGCCGUGUCUCGCGGCGGACGCGGUGGAUCCAACCGCGGUGGUGGCCGCGGUGGCAACGGUGGCCGCAAUGGAGGCGGCGGACGUGGUCGCGGCGGCGGCCGCGGCAAUGGAGGAGGCCACAACGACCUGCCUGAGGUCUUCUGCCAAAUCUGCACCAAGCCAAAUCACAUGGCCAUGGAGUCCUAUCGUCGUUUUGAUGUCUCCUUCAACAAGGAGAAAAUUGCAGCAGCCGUCAACACCAACUCCUCCUACGGGGUGGACACGAACUGGUAUGUGGACUCAGGUGCAACAGACCACAUUACCAGCAAGCUCAACAAGCUCACCGUACGUGACAAGUACAAUGGACACGAUUAAAUAAACGUGCCAAACGACGCAGGACAAGGCAACGAGGAAAACCCUCCUCCAAGACAGGUGUAGAAACGGGCUCUAUCCCCUAUCAUCAGCUCCAAUAAGCUCGGGCAGACAUGCACUUGGCGCCACCAAGAUAUCUCCAUCAAGGUGGCACGAUCGUUUAGGACAUCCAUCUUCGGCAAUAGUUCAACAUGUUCUUAGACACAAUCAAAUUUUCUUUUCUAGCAAAGAGUUGAAUAAAGAGGGAGUGUGUGAUGCUUGCCAACAAGGCAAGAGCCAUCAACUUCCCUCUCCAAAUUCUAGUAGUAUUUCAAAAGCUCCUUUAGAGCUAGUUUUCUCUGAUGUAUGGGGGCCUGCCCGAGAUUCAAUUAAUAAGAAAAAUUAUUAUGUAAGUUUCA